AGGAGGAGAAGAAGGAGGAGAAGAAGGAGGAGAAGAAGGAGAAGGAGGAGGAGAAGAAGGAGAAGGAGGAAGGGGAGAAUUGGUGA